CAUCAAUGGAAAGAAUUUAGUAUUCAAAUAAUAUAACAAAGCAAAAUAUUGUGCACAAAUAGAGCAAGAAUCACUUACCGUUAUCCUUGGACAGGCAUAUAAUCCCCGAUACAUGAGUAUUGUCCACCCGGGAAUUUCAUAUGCGACAAAUUCAGCAACGGGUAAUAAAAGAUCAUACGAAAUACCUUUUUAUGCAGAUGAAGACGUAGUAUCAACGGGAGAUUUUCCAGCAUGGGAAACUAAUCACUUCAGUUAUUAUGAAAAGAAAUCAGACUACUCUUCCAGCACAUUUAAACGGAAUAUUUCUCCUGACAAAACGUCGAGUCAAACCCAAGAUAGCAAAUCUAGACCAUGGCAAUGUACAUCGAAAAUAAAAUGGAUUGAUUUAGGACUUUCAUUUUUUCCUAGGUAUAUCAGAUCCGUAGAAUGCAUUUCAAAAAAGUGCUGGUAUGGACAUUAUAUAUGCAAACCUAAAUCAUUUUCUAUUAAAGUACUUCGUAAAAAAGAUGACUCUUGCAUACGAGUAAGUGAAAAAUUAAUGACUAUGACGUCUCAGACAUUUGACAAUGAUUUUGCUGAUCUCUGGAUUUGGGAAGAAAUCGCCAUAAAUUUUUGUUGUGAAUGUGUUAUGAUUUAUUAAAAAUUGUAAUCAUA